GGGCCCACACGGUAACGUCCGGCGGCCGACGGGCCCCGGGACCUCCAGGUCCACGCGUCGCCUCCUCUUGCUCCCGCACGCGUUAGUUCCAGCGGGGUGGGUUUCGAAUCCAAUCCCACGACCCCGGUCUGCCGAGGAGCCGUGCCGAGCGACACCGGGACCUCCGCCGGCGAAUAUUCUCGUCCGCCGAGGCAGCAGGCAGGGGCAGUUCCGUCCGGUUCACCGCAAGAAGCCACUACCUCUGGGAUCGAAUCCUCUACCGGGAGAGCCCAGUGCCAACCUCUCUGCAGUACCCCACCUCGGUGCGUCUCUCCCCCUGACCAAGCUGCUAUUAAAGCGGGGCAUUCCGGUAAUUCCCUCUUUAAUUUGCUUGUUCUUCCUUCCUCUCUCUCCUCCCUCCGCUGCAAAGCUUCCAGAAAGGAGGGAAAGGGGAAGGAGCCAGGACUCGAGCCACUCCAAAUGCUUUGAUCUCCUGGGGGUCUUCCCGACCUCUUCUCUUCCUACAUGGCGCGCGUCCUCCCGCUCAGCAUCGAGGCGGGGGAGAUAGCCAGCAAAGAGGUGGUGACAGACUUGCCAAGUUCUUCAGCUGGGGUAUCAUGCACGGGAAUUGAGCACUCUGAGCAAAACACAAAGGACGAUGAGUAUGCGAGGCUGGUCACACCAGCUCAACAUGCAUCAUCUGAUGUUAAUGCAGCAAUUCUACCUGAGCAACCAAAGUCAAGAUCCUUCAUUUGGUGGAUGAAAGUUCUGCUUGGCUGCUUCCUUCUUAUAUUAGUGGGCUACGUCUUCGUGAAAUGGGGAGUCCCCUUUGCCUUUGAGAAGGUUCUUGUGCCAAUCAUGCAAUGGGAAGCAAGUGCUUUUGGGCGUCCAGUAUUGGCUAUCGUGCUCAUUGCAUCUUUGGCUCUCUUUCCAGUUAUUCUAGUCCCUUCUGGACCUUCUAUGUGGUUAGCAGGAAUGAUCUUUGGUUAUGGUUGGGGUUUCUUGAUUAUUAUGGUUGGGACUACUAUUGGCAUGGUGGUACCGUACUGGAUUGGCUCAUUGUUCCGUGAACGUCUACAUGCAUGGUUGACAAAGUGGCCUCAGCAGAUAGCACUAAUAAAACUUGCGGGUGAAGGGAAUUGGUUCCAGCAGUUUCGAGUUGUUGCGCUUUUCAGAAUCUCACCAUUCCCAUAUACAAUAUUUAACUAUGCUGUAACUGUGACAGAAAUUAAGUUCAACCCUUAUCUGUGUGGUUCAGUUGCUGGAAUGGUACCUGAGGCAUUCAUCUAUAUCUACAGUGGGAGGUUAAUACGUACAUUGGCAGACGUGAAGUACGGGAACUACAGAAUGACACCAGUGGAGAUAACAUACAACAUCAUCUCCUUCAUCAUUGCUAUUAUCCUCACAAUCGCCUUCACUAUGUAUGCCAAGAGAGCUCUGAACGACAUAAAAAGGUCGGAAGGUAUCUGUAAAGAAGAAGCUUGCGGCCCUGCUGGCUCAGGUGCACUGAAGAACCAUCAUCAGGAGCGUGCCAAUUCACAUUCCAUAGAAGUAGAUGUUGUGUAGCGGUAUAUCCACCGGGAGAGUAGAUACGAUUGGUGGACAGGAGCCAAAAUAGGCGUAUGGUACAUUACACUAGGGUAACUAGGCUAUAUGACAACAGGUGAAUAAUGUGCGUCUAGCUCACAUAGACACCCGGCUGAUAUGGUUUACUUGAUUCAUUUCAUGUCUUCUGUUAUUUGGGGAAGACAGCAUGUUAUUAAUUAAACCGAUCGCUACAAAGGAUGGCCCGAAGCAAAUCCGGAGCCUCGUUGCACCAGA